AUGGAGCUGCUGUCUGGGACUGACCUGUGGCCUGUGGCCAUAUUCACAGUCAUCUUCAUAUUACUGGUGGAUCUGAUGCACCGGCGACAGUGCUGGUCUUCCCGCUACCCACCGGGCCCUGUGCCAUGGCCUGUGCUGGGUAACCUGCUGCAGGUGGAUCUAGAUAAUAUGCCAUACAGCCUGUACAAGCUUCAAAACCGCUAUGGUGCUGUGUUCAGUCUGCAGAUGGCCUGGAAGCCCAUGGUCGUGGUCAACGGACUGAAGGCAGUGCAGGAAGUGCUGGUGACCUGUGGGGAGGACACUGCUGACCGCCCUGAAAUGCCCAUCUUUCAUGACAGAGACUGUGAUUCCAAAGCUAAAGGUGUGAUCCUUGCACCUUAUGGGCCUGCGUGGCAAGAGCAGAGGAGAUUCACUGUGUCCACCCUUCGCAACUUCGGCCUGGGCAAGAAAUCGCUGGAGCAGUGGGUGACAGAAGAGGCUGGCCACCUCUGUGAUGCCUUCACUGCCCAGGCAGGGAGUCCCCUCAAUCCUUAUGCCCUCUUGGACAAAGCCCUGUGCAAUGUGAUUGCCUCUCUCGUUUUUGCUCAUCGCUUUGAGGAUGGAGACCCUGACAUGAUCAAGAUGCUAAAAGUAUUGAAUAAAAGCAUGGGAAAGAGAAUUGGCUUCAUCGCUGAGGUGCUGAACACAUUCCCAAUUCUCCUGAGCAUCCCAGGGGUUUAUGACAAAAUCUUUUCUGGAAGAAAGGCAUUUUUCACCAUAGUGGAUAAGCUGGUGACUGAGCACAAGAGGACCUGGGACCCUGACCAGCCACCUCGAGACCUGACCGAUGCCUUUCUGGCUGAGAUGGAGAAGGCAAAGUGGAACCCUGAGAGUACCUUCAAUGAAGCAAAUCUACGUCUGAUUAUCCUUGACCUUUUGGGUGCUGGGAUUGUGACCACCUCUUCCACUCUGUCCUGGUCCCUGCUGCUCAUGAUCCUGCAUCCAAAUGUGCAGCGCCGAGUACAACAGGAAAUUGACAAAGUCAUAGGGCAGGUGCGGCGUCCAGAGAUGGCAGACCAGGCCUGCAUGCCCUACACCAAUGCUGUCAUUCAUGAGGUGCAGCGCUUUGCAGCCGUUGCCGCAAUGACUUUGCCACACAUGACAUCCCGUGACAUUGAAGUUCAGGGCUUCCUUAUCCCUAAGGGGACGACCCUCAUUCUCAACCUGUCCUCCGUGCUGAAGGAUGAGACUGUCUGGGAGAAGCCCCUCCGCUUCCAUCCUGAACACUUCCUGGAUGCCCAGGGCCACUUUGUGAAGCAUGAGGCCUUCAUGCCUUUCUCUGCAGGCCGCAGAGCAUGCCUGGGGGAGCCCCUGGCCCGCAUGGAACUCUUCCUCUUCUUCACCUGCCUCCUGCAGCGCUUUAGCUUCACAGUGCCUGCUGGACAACCCAGGCCCAGCGACCGUGGCAUCUAUGGAAUACCAGUUACUCCAGAGCCCUACCAGCUCUGUGCAGUGGUUCGCUAG